ACAUUUAACUCUGAAAUCUCCUGUAAAUAGUGGAACUGUUGUCUGUAGGGUUCAAAAUUGGGAAAACUUUACUAAAAGACUUUUUGGGUGCUUCAGAGUUCACCUUCUUCAAUCAAACCUGUCACUGUAAGGCUGGAAAAGAUGCGCAAACAAACACACACGACCUAGACUAGAAUAGACGCAUACACGUUGAUGGAUCCCAAGGGCUCAAAUCAGCUGGAUGAAGAUGAAAGGUUGUCGAACAGCAAGGCGAUCAAUACGAACAACAACAACGUGGAUGAGAAUAGUAAAAGAGCCGUAGCAGAGGUCAAAGACUUUCAGAUUAUGGUGGCCGACAAAGAAGAGGGCGGCAAGAGGCAGCAGCAGUUGGCCCUCCCAAAGAGAAGCUCCAAUAGGGACAGGCACACCAAAGUGGACGGCCGAGGGCGGAGGAUUAGGAUGCCUGCUCUCUGCGCCGCCAGAAUCUUCCAGUUGACCCGAGAACUGGGCCACAAGUCCGACGGAGAAACCAUUCAGUGGCUGUUACAGCAGGCGGAACCCUCGAUAAUCGCGGCAACGGGGACCGGGAGCAUGCCUGCCUCCGCCUUAGCGGCCGCCGGAGCCUCUAUUUCUAUGCCUAUGGGCAUGGGUUUGAAUAAUCAGAACUUGGAUGAAUUGGGGGCUCAAGUUCACAUGGGGGCCGUUGAUAGUAACAGUAGGGCCGCCGCUUGGCCAAUGGUUGGUGGGAAUUUAGGGAGACACCAUAUCUCCACGCCGGGUCUAUGGCCCCCAGCUGCCGCUUUUAUGUCAUCAUCAUCAUCCUCAUCUUCUUCAACUUCUACUACCAAUUUGGGAAGCGACACUUCAAAUUACCAACACAAGGGUGGAUUCUCUGGGUUUGACCUGCCUUUCACCCAUAUCAAUCCCAUGAGUUUUACCUCACUUUUAAGUGCCACUAACCCUCAGCUUCCUGGUUUGGAACUUGGGCUAUCACAAGAUGCUCAUAUAGGGGUUUUAAACAAUCAAGCCUUGACCCAUAUUUAUCACCAGCAGCAGCAGAUGGAACACCCCAGAAUGCAAAACCAGCACCAACCCUCUCCUAAGGACGAUUCUCGGGAAUCAGAAUAGUUGAUUCUUUAUACUAUAUUAUAUAGUAUGUGUUUAACUACUUGUGGAUAGCAUGAGUGGCUUGUAUAUUUUGUAUACUGGCAGAGAGAAGGGUAUACAUUACACCUUAACUACUUGCCUUGAAUUUACCACUCAUCCUCCCCUUCGAACUUCAGGUGCUUAUUUCUUUCUGUAUGGAGAUUUUGAGGCUAUCUAUGUUGUUGUUGUUGUUA